AUGUUUAGCGGUCGUCACAACUUGCAGCAAGACGAGAAUGGAGCUGUUUUUAUCGACAGGGAUGGAAAACAAUUUGGGCACAUUCUUAACUGGUUAAGAGACGGCAAAGUCCCUACCUUACUAGAAGAUUCUGUAUAUGAAGAACUUCUGAGAGAAGCAGAAUACUAUCAGCUAGUUGGGUUAAUGGAUGGAGUACAAGAUGUUCUAAAUAAGAACAAAGGUGAAGAGGACAAGCCAUGUCCAGAUUUAACUCGUGCCGGUGUUAUCGACAAGUACUUGAAAAACCUUCAAGGUCUUGAUCUUUCUGGCCUCGAUCUGUCUUACCUGGACCUGUCAGAUCUUGCUGGAGCUUCUUUUGUGGGUGCUGAUCUUCAAGGUGCUAAUUUUCGUGGGGCAAGUUUGAAAGGCUGUAGUUUUGAGGAGGCAUAUAUGAAAGGGGCAGGCCUUUAUCAUUAG